UCUUGUUUUUGUAAAUGCACUGUGUUGUUAUGAGCAACCGAGAAAUCAAUCAAUAAUGUCCAAUUCCCAUCGAUUUGUGCCUCGGAAAGGAUGCAAAAAUCGGGCUCCGACGAGGCAGCUGCCGCUGGGCAGCCAGAGGAGCCGCCACAAUCCGCCAGUCAGGCAACGGCAACGCAAAAGUCGAUUGAGGCAGGCGGCGGCGGCAGUGGCGCCGAGUUUCAAAUCAGUUUGAACGAAUUUUUGGAGUUUUUAAAGCUCUCCUGUCAUGUCAACGAUAUGAUAGCGAAGGCCGACAUGGGAAAACCACCACACACCAGGGAGCCAGUGCCGCCGAUGGAGGCCGGUGCUGGCGCUGGGGCCACAGCCAAGCGAAAUUCCAAAAAAGACGAGUUCGACUUUGAUCUUUUGGCAGACAACACGCUGGUCAACGCGCUGCUGGGACUGCGACGCCCGUCCCGCUCCUCCGCCACUGUCGCCGCCGCCUCCCUGCUGCCGGAGACGAAAACCAGCAUGUUGCGUUGCGGACACAGUCAUAGCAAUUCGCGCUCCCGUCCCGAGUCCACGUACCGCGGCCUGCAUCCCAAGCUAGUCGAGCAACUGGAUACGGUGAUCAACGAGGGCGUUCUGGACUCUGUUCUAUCCUUCAUUUGUCCAGUUCCCAUGCCUGCGCCACUCCAGAGUGGCAAGAAUAAGACGAGCAAGCUGCCAGCACAGCAAAUCCUACCUGUGCCCACUUCCAUGCCUACAUCAUCUGCUCCUAUUCCGCCGGCUGCUCCGAUUCCUGGCGGUUCAAAGUCCUUGAUGGAGCUGGGCCAUUCGCAUGGAGGAUUGCCAGCAACAGCAGCUUCAGUUCCUUGCCUGGCCCAGGGAGCAGGCGGGGAUGCGGCUCACCAGGAUCAGAUCACCAACAGCAUGGUGCGUGCCUUGGUCAAGGAACCGAUUCCCAAGCCGGGGGUCACGAAUGCCGGCAGAAGGAAGUCCCUAAUGUUGGUGAAGGAUAGCAAGCAUUCCAGGCAAGAGAAAAAGGAACCCGAGGUGGUAAUCCACGUCUGCGACGAGGUGAAGAACACCUCCAAAGACUUCACCUGUCCGCAGCAUUUGCUGGUAACCAAAAUGGGUUACUUUGCGGACGUGACAGCUGGCCAGAGGCUGGAAGAGAUGGACAUAUCCGUGCACUGUGACAUUCUCAUCUUCGACUGGCUAAUGAAGUGGAUCAAGCACAGUGCCCAGAGCCAAGAUCUGCCUGUAUCCGGCCAGAGCAACGGUCCCCAGUUGGAUGGCAAUAAUGUGGUCCCCAUUUUGGUAUCGGCCAGUUUCCUUCAGAUGGAACCGUUGUUGCUCGAGUGUCUGGCCUUCUGUCAUGCCCAUCUCAGCGAAGUGGUGCGCACCUCGACGAAUUUAUCGUGCUUGAACGAUGCUCUGGUCACCCGGCUGGCGGCCAUGUUCACCAAUCUAGAACUGGAGAUGGUAAGGGACAAAAAGGAGCGGGUGACACCGCGCCUGUGGACAAAGCUAAUACAAUCGCUCUGCGAACCGGAUCCGGAGGCACUGCGUGGGCAUUUCUAUAGCAUGUCUGGUUUGUUCCGAUGCUCGCGAUGCUUCAACUGUGUGACCAACACCAUGAAGUCCUAUGUGAGCUGUGUGCCCAGCAACAUUCGGCUAAACCGUUGGGGCCAGCUGAUGAGUUACCAUGUGCGCGACACCAACUGGGAUCUCAAUGCCUACAUUGUGCAGCUCUUCAAGGAGCUCAAGUCGUGGCGGAAGGUGUACUGGAAGCUCUGGGGCCACUGCCAUUAUCUCUACUGCUGCACUUGCGAGGCCCACUUCCCGGUGUAUCAGAUGCACUGGUGCCGUUAUCACCCGGAGUCGCCGAAUUUCUUGGGACCCGUUGGCGCCGCCGGGCCAGCUGGACGCUUCUCCUGCUGCGGCCAGCAGGCCUUUCGCUAUGAAACGCUGCCGGGACCAAAUGGCUGCCAGUUCCGGGAGCACAGUGUCCUUGUGGAGACCGAUCGUGAGCGCGCCAUUUUGGCCAUUGCCCAGUUGGUGGGCGAGAACUAUGCACUGUGUGAGCUGCCGCCUCUAAGGAUCCAGGAGCUGGCAGCUGCCGGCGAAAUCAGUCCCAGCUGGCAGGGCAUCUCUCUGACGCCCCAGAGGUGCCGUCAGGGCCUCCUACCGCAGCUCUGCAUGGAUAGUGUCCUUAAAAGAGUGACCAACCACCGGGUGAGCCGUCGUAUGAGGGGAUCGCGCUAUCAAAUGGACACCAGCACAGACUCUGAGACGACGUCCACCAGCGAGGAGGAUGCACGAUGCCAGCGCCCACGAAUGCGCAAUGUACGCGAUGACGAUGAGGAUUAUAGCUCCAGCAGCGAUGGCUGCGAGUCGGAGCAUCGUGCUCCGCCGCCACGAAAGACGCGUGGCAAGAAGUCACGCAAGCGUCCCACCGAUGUAUCGGGUCGCUUUUGGUCCGGUGAGCUCUCGGCCCGCAGCAAUCAGGAUCAUCAGCGCGACUUCGAGGAGAAGAUCAUGAAACAGGUGGCCAGCUAUGUGACCAAAAAGACCGGAACGGAUCAGUGUUUGGUACAGAAUGCCCAGCCACUGGGCGGCGUCUAUGUGCGCCUCGAGUCCGAGUGGAAGGAGAUGCUUAAGCAGCGUCACAAUAGCCAUCACAACAUCGGCGGAAGCAGUGCCUCUGCCGGCAUGGGCUCCAUGCCCCAAGGCAGCAACACCUGUCUGGGAUCGGCGGCCAUCACAGCAGGUGGAUCUACCGUUUCGGUCAUGUCCAAGCAGAAGCACAAGUAGAAAUUCAUGUAGACCAAAUAUUUAGUCGAAUUUUUAGCGCAAAUCAAAAUAACAUGAAAUAUACAAAACGUCUAGCAAAAAUA